AUGCGGCUGAGUCAAGCUAUCACUGCCGCCAUCAGCCUGUGCAGCACGGCAUCUGCCCAAACUGGGCAGUCUACCAAGUACUACGAUGCCACCACCGGUAUAACCUACUCGUCAGUCACUCUGCCUAACGGCGUCACAUAUCGCGUUGCGCUGCCCGUCAACUCGCCCACCUCCGAUGCGAUUGUGCAGAUCGUCGCCCCCAGCAAGUUCGGAUGGUGCGGUAUCGCCUGGGGCGGCCAGAUGACCAACAACCCGCUCACAGUAGCAUGGCCGAGCGGCCAGAGUGCAAUCGUCAGUAGUAGAAUAGCCUUCAGCCACAAUGCCAUCCCGCCGGCCUACACCGGGGCCACAUACACCUACCUGAAGCCCACAAGGACCGCCAGUGAACAAUGGACCGUUACGGCGCGCCGCCAGGGCUGCACGCGCUGGAGCAGCAGCACGGGCGGCGAUUAUAAUCUAGACACGAAGAGCCAGACCACGUUUGCGUAUGCGUGCUCGGGAACGGCGCCGACGUCGCCGAGUAGUAAUUCGAGUACGUUCAUGCAGCAUGAUCAGAAUGGGAUUUGGACGCAUGAUUUGGAUAUGGCGAGGAAUGCGAGCUUCACACAGUGGUGCGGCACCGCGCUAGACCCAGAGCGCUCCGAGUUUGGCGUCGGCGAGAAAUGGGAUGAAGGCAAUGUCGGCGCGGUGCCGGCUUGCGCCUCUCCUCUCGCGGAUUACACAAAGGUCAAGGAGAACGAGAGACUGCACUUGAACGUGAUACGAGUGCCGAAGGCAGUUUAUUGCGAAGCAAAGGAGGUCUUGUUCCGGGACGAUAUCCUUGCGUUCGAGGGGAGCGCGGGGUUCAAGGCGUUUCUGCUGAGCGGCCCGCGGGCGUUGGGAAGAGCGGAGAGGCUGACCAAGCUGGCGAUUGCGAUUGCGCCCAAGGGGAACGAGGCGCAUUUCUGGAACUACGCUUUGCGCGAGCUGUAUCUCCCCGGCGGUAGUGUGGCGGCGCCGGUGCCGCACUUCCCCGCGCUCAGGAUGCUGCAGCUAUACCUCGGGUCCGGCUCUCUCCAGUUCAACGAGUGGGAGAAGUGGAGCGAUGGUUUUUGGAUAUGA